UCGCAUUCACAUUUCUAUAUAUAGAGGCGCACAUACAUACAGAACGCCCCUACAUAUAUACAAGAGAAAAGCUUCGUCUAGACAGGGACAAGAGAACCAAUUGUCCUUCACUCUAUUUAUAAUCUAUAUAUCUUUUCCUUUUCUCUUAAAUUUUGGAUUUCAUUUCCUUUUCUCUGAAAUUUUGGAAAAAAAGUUUGGGAAUUUGAAGCGCGGGAUUGAUUUCUGAAUUGGGGAUUUCUCUGUCUGUUGUUUGAUUGCUGAGAGUGUGUGAGAAUGAGAUUGAAGGGCGAGAUUCACAAUCCUUGUUGCGACGAAGAAGAAGAGAAGGUGGCUGAGGAAAACGGCAGGGAAUUGAAUUCGAUUGUCGGCGUUGGGAUUUCUCCGCCUCCGAAACUCGUCGUUGGCUAUGCCUUGACCUCCAAGAAGAAGAAGAGCUUCUUGCAGCCCAAACUUCUUGGCUUGGCGCGGAAUAUGGGAAUAUUCUUCAUUGCAAUUGAUCUAAACAGGCCACUUUCAGAUCAAGGCCCCUUUGAUGUUGUUUUGCAUAAGUUGGCAGGAAAAGAGUGGUCCGAGAUUAUUGAGGAUUACAGACAAAAACAUCCAGAAGUAACUGUCCUUGAUCCACCAAAUGCAGUACAACAUCUACACAGCCGCCAGUCCAUGCUUCAGGGUGUGGCAGAUCUGAAUUUGUCCGACUGCCAUGGCAGGGUUGUUGUUCCAAAGCAGUUGAUUGUUACAAAAGAUCCAUUAUCUAUUCCUAAUGAAGUUGAUAAAGCUGGGCUCAAAUUGCCGCUGGUUGCUAAACCGCUACUUGUGGAUGGUAGUGCCAAGUCACAUGAACUAUUUCUUGCUUACGACCAAUGCUCACUCUCAGAACUUGAACCUCCGUUGGUUCUGCAGGAGUUUGUAAAUCAUGGUGGUGUUCUCUUUAAAGUUUAUAUUGUUGGGGAAGCCAUAAAGGUUGUCAGGCGUUUCUCUCUUCCUAAUAUCAGUAAACGUGAACUAGAAAAACUUGCUGGUGUGUUCCGUUUCCCCAGGGUUUCAUGUGCUGCAGCUUCAGCAGAUGAUGCAGACCUGGACCCCAGCAUUGCUGAACUUCCUGAACGACCUUUGUUAGAGAACCUUGCAAGGCAGCUCCGCCAACGAUUGGGCCUCCGGUUAUUCAAUGUUGAUAUGAUCCGAGAGCACGGGACAAAGGAUGUCUUUUAUGUCAUUGACAUCAACUACUUUCCUGGUUACGGCAAAAUGCCAGACUAUGAACACAUAUUUACAGAUUUCCUGCUAAGCCUUGUUCAGAGCAAGCAUAAGAAGAGACCUGCUACUUAAUCAUUGCCACAACCCACUGUAUAUGAUGUUUCUUGCAAGCAGAUGUAGGCCUCCUUGGAACUUGAGGAACGGUCACACCCUGUUUUAACUUCUGUAAUUACCGAUUGGUACGAAAUUCCCUUUGCUUAAGUCUCUCCAAUGUACAGAAGGUUCUUGCUAGGCCUAUAAAAAUUCUACUACAUUGUGUUGUUUCUAGGCUGAAAAGUAGCAAAUGCCUCCUGUACGUGUAAACUUCCAUUUUAACAAAUGAAAUCAUCACCACCCAGUUCAUGUGGGGGCGUUUACAGAUUCUCUCUUCUCGUAAAGGGGUGCCACCCUUCCCCUCUCCGUUUUCACCAUUUUCAGUUGGCUUGUGUUUGUAGUUUUUGAGGAUGUAUUCAAUUAAGAUUUUAAAAGAGUUUUAUGUUAAUUGAUGGAAUCUUACAUAAAUUUUGAUAGAAACUACAUGUACAA